UGCUGUGGUGGAUGUUGCCAUCCAGGAUUAUGUGGCUGACGUGGCCUCUGAACUCAUCUACCAGAACAAGAGUCAUAUCUCCACAGAAGUCCUCUUCGUCUUCCCCCUGGGCCCUCACAUGGCCAUCUACUCCUUCCAGGCCCGCAGUGAGGAUGCCAAGGUCCAGGCCAUGCUGCAGGACGAGGCCCAGCAGCUGCAUGAGGCUAUGCGGGGCUGGGAGGACCUGGAAAACCUUCAGGAUGAGUCGAAGUACCCGGGUGAGGUGUUUGCCUGCUUCCUGGGCACCCUGUCCCCUGGCAGGGAGGUGGUCGUGACCUUGCGCUAUGUCCAAGAGCUGCCGCGGGAGCCUGAUGGAGCAGCCCAUUUUGUGCUGCCACGCACACUGCAUCCCUACACCAAACUCUACGCCUGGAAUUGCCUCCCCAGCAUGCUGCCCUACAGCCUGCUGCUCACUGCCAGCCUGCACUCACCCCGUGGAGUGGACAAUGUCCAGGCCAACUUUGCCCUCAUCCCUUUGGUCUAUACUGCCCAGGACCGCAGCAUGGCACAGAUCUCACUGGCUGGCAGCCCUCCAAGCCAUGAUUUGGAGCUGCUGGUGUAUUUUGGAGAACCCACUGCAGUCAGUGCCAUGGUGGAGAAGGGAGACCCUGGAGCCCCUCCAGGCUCCCUGCUUGGUGACCCCAUGGUGUUGGUGACGCUGGCACCCAGCAUCCCGGAGGCAGUGCCUGGGCAGCGCCAGUCUGGAGAGUUAAUCUUCCUCCUGGACACCACUUUUCUUGCACAUGUACAGGACACCCUGCUCUUCCUUCUCAAAAGCCUGCCCCUGGGCUGCUACUUCAACAUCUACUGCUAUGGAGCAAUGUCUGUGGGCAUCUACCCGCAGAGUGUCGAAUAUACUCAGGACAACCUUACCGAGGCCAUGCGGCGCAUCUCCUCCACUGGCUCCAGUCUGGGUGACACCAGUCUGCUGGGAACCCUCCGCUCAAUCUACAAUACCCCCCGCCUCCAGGGGCAUGCACGCCAGCUCUUCAUCUUCAUGGCUGGGCUACCCCCUGAUAAGGAAGCCAUCGCAGCUGAGGUCUGCCGUCACCGCAACAGCCACCGGUGCUUCUCCUUCUGCUUCUCCCAGUACAGCGCUGCCCUGGCUAUGGCCCUGGCCAGGAAGACAGGGGGUGAAGCGACCUACAUCUGCUCUGACAACAGUAUGACAGCUGUGUUGAGGUGCCUGAAGCGGGCCCUCCAGCCAGCAGCUGACGGAGUCUCUCUGAGCUGGACCCUGCCCCGUGGCCUGGAGGUUGAGGUGCUGGGGGGCACCCCUCAGUCCAUCUUUCAGGGUCAACACAGUCUCCUCUAUGCCCAGAUCCAUGUACAGGCACAGGAUACAACGGUGGCCAAGGGCAUCAUGACCUUGCAGUACAGCCUGGAUGGCCAGAAUGUCACUCACACCAUUGAAUUCCCACUGUGCCCGCAGGGAGAUGGCCGGCUGGCUGGGCACCGCUUGUCCUCAAGACGCGUGCUGAAGAGGUUGUUGCUAGAGGCUGUGAGUGGGUCAGGGGAUGAACCCAGACAUCGUGCAGUUGAGAUCAGCCUGACUUCGGGGAUCAUCUGUCCCUUUACCAGCUAUGUGGGGGUUCGCACAGCAAAGAGGGUCAACUGGAACCAAGGGCCCCUGGCACUGCUGCCACCCCGCCGGUCACUCAUCUCCUGCCAGAUCGUUGAGCUUCACGGCUCCAGCACAACCUCUUCCUGCUAUCCUGCGAGCAUCUGGGUCCCACCUGGUUGGCUGACAGCAGUGCGGGCGUCAUGGCUCGCUCUCCAUCGACUCACCCAUGGUAUUGCUGCCCUGCCCCAGCGCGGGGCUUGCUCAAAAGCAUGUAAACCACCACCACCACCUAUUUAUUCUCUCAAGUAUGUGGAUCCCACGGAAUUUAUUUUGUGCUCUCCAGUUUUUGGGCGAUGGUCCCCUGAAGCUGUUGCUGAAUGCCAGGAGCUGGUGGCACUGCAGAAUGUAGAUGGCUCCUGGGCCCUUAGCUCAGGCUUGGCCUCUGUGCUGGAAGUCAAUGAGGCUGAAAUCAAGGGAAAGAUGCCUGGUGAGGUCAUGGAGCCAAGCAUCUGGGCAACAGUGCUGGCUGUGACCUGGCUGCACAGAAACGACAAGUGUUACCAGGACCUCUGUGAGCUGCUGGAGGCCAAGGCUGUGACCUGGCUGUGCAGCCGAGCUGUGUCCCAGCUGGACAAGUGCCUGGAGGCAGCCAGCACCCUCCUUGGGAGAAGCAUGAAGCCAAGCAUCUUCAGGCGCUGA